AUCUGUGCUCUGCUCUUCGCCAGCCUCUACAUCCUCUGCCACUUCAUCAUAACCCACUUCAAGAAGCACACGGACUUUGCAGCAGUGCACGAUGACGAGGAUGCUGCUGUCAACAGGAUUGCGCUGGGGCUCUGCACCUUCACCCUGGCUGUGGCGCUGGGUGCUGUCCUCCUCCUCCCCUUCUCCAUCAUCAGCAAUGAGGUGCUGCUCUCUUUCCCCCAGAACUACUACAUCAAGUGGCUGAACGGGUCCCUUGUCCACGGUCUCUGGAACUUGGUCUUCCUCUUCUCCAAUCUGUCCCUUGUCUUCCUCAUGCCCUUUGCCUACUUCUUCACCGAGUCAGAGGGGUUCGCAGGAUCCAAGAAGGGCAUCAUGGCCAGGGUGUACGAGACGUCGGUGGUGCUGCUGCUGCUGACACUGCUGGUGCUGGGCAUGGUCUGGGUGGCCUCUGCCAUCGUGGGCAAUGACGCUGCCAGCCGUCAGUCUCUCUAUGACCUCUGGGAGUAUUACCUGCCCUACCUCUACUCCUGCAUCUCACUCUUUGGUGUGCUGCUUCUGCUGCUGUGCACCCCCUUUGGCCUCUCCACCAUGUUCACUGUCACUGGGAAGCUGCUGGUGAAGCCUCGGCUCCUGGAAGACCUGGAUGAGCAGUUGAGCUGCACAAGGCUCGAGGAAGCUGCUGUGUCCCGCAGGAUCAUAUCUGGCAAAGCUUCCUGCUGGCUGAACUUGGACAUGGAGCUGCUGCGGGAGCAAUUCUUUGCCAUCCGAAGCAAGAGGCGGAAGCUGGAGCUGCGGCACCGAGCAUCACCCUGGCAGAGGAACCUGGGCUACCCCCUGGCCAUGCUGGUCCUCCUGGCACUAACAGGCAUCUCCGUGCUCAUCGUCUGCUUCCACGUCCUGGAGCUGCUGCUGGAUGAUGCUGCCAUGCCACGGGGCAUGCAGGAUGCAUCCCUGGGCCAGGUCUCCUUUUCCAUCUUCGGUUCCUUCGGAGCUGCCCUGCAGGUCAUCCUCAUCUUCUACCUGAUGGUCUCCUCAGUCGUGGGCUUCUACAGCUCCCCCCUCUUCACCCACCUGCUCCCGGAGCGGCAGGACACUCCCCUCACCAAGAUCAUCGGGAACUGUGUCUCCUUGCUGGUGCUCAGCUCAGCACUGCCUGUCUUCUCCAGGACACUGGGGAUCACCCGUUUCGACCUCCUGGGGGAUUUUGGCCGCUUUAACUGGUUAGGGAACUUCUACAUCGUCUUCCUCUACAACAUGGGCUUCGCGGGGCUCACCACGCUGUGCCUGGUGAAAAAGGUCUCCUGGGCUGUUCAGGCCGAGCUCAUCCGCGCCUUCGGUCUGCACAAGCUGCCGCUGCCUGUGACGCGCUGCCGACGCCGCGGAAAGCCCUGCUAG